GAGCAAACCAAAAACACUUCUGAGGAAUGCAGGGGUCCGGUCUAUUAAAUGAGGGAGGGGAAAAAAUAGAAAAAGCAAAACAAAACCAGUAGCAGCAGACAAUGGCACGACAGAGCAGGACUAGACAGAAUGACUACACAUGGGCUGUAGUCGAACGACGAUCUGGCACCGAUUGGCGCGACAGACGGGAAUAAAUAGAGGAAGAGAUGGACAAACAUUGAAUGCAGAACUUAGUCAAACCCUGCUUAUCAACCUCAGCCCACCAUCAAGGUGCACCGGUUUCCCCUGGAGCAGAAUCUCUACCUGAUGAAAAACCCUUGUUCCUCUUCCAACAGCCUGUGACUGCACCUGCGGCCGUCUCUGUCAGCGCGGCUCAAGCUUCUUCUCCCAUCACUCCCGAGCCCCGACCGGCUGCACACAGCGGCUGUAGUCCAGGAAUUGGACCCUGCAGUGAGAGAACCAGCACUCCGAGUGGUACCAACAGCCAGCCAGGGACACCCACCACAGUACAAGACCCCCAGAUGCUCCACCACUGCCCCCACUGUCACAUAUAUUUCCCUGACAACAUCCUUUACACCAUCCACAUGGGCUGCCAUGGUUAUGAGAACCCUUUCCAGUGUAACAUAUGCGGACACAGGUGCAGAAACAGCUAUGAUUUUGCCUGUCACUUUGCGAGAGGCCAGCACAAAUAAGGACAGGUGGCUGAUGCUGGCCUCUACUUUGCCCUGUUUUACAUAAUACAAUUCUAGUAUCUGGAACAUUCCAAAGACAAAAUCCCUGCUUUGUAAUUACUGUAUUUGAACUGUUAUCGGUAUUGUCACGGGAGGAGCACAAGACAGACACAGUGGGCGUGG